ACGAAUAUUAAUUUCCCUUGAUGUGGAGCGUAUGGAUGACUAUUCUAUUUGCUUGAUGAACUUUUUAGUGCACCUUGGUUAUAAUGAUAUGGAAAACUGGGAAAUAACGAUGGAAUAUCACACCUGUGGUCAUUCAGGGCGUCUGCCAAACUCUGGCAACAUUAGCACUCACCUUGUUUUUAGGGUUGUGUUCAUGUAACGUCAGCGCCUGCGUAUUGUUGCUCACAGAAUAUCCAUCAAGAACAGUUACAACAAUUGAUAACACUUUGGAGCACUUGAAGCCAGCGAAUUGAACACCCGGUGUGUCGAAAUUGAAAAAACUCUGUAACGAAGAAUUGACAGCAACGGUGAACCUCUCCAGGGGUUGGUCUCCCAAUUACCUCCAGUAAUUAAUAAAAAUCAAUAGAAAGAAGUACAAAAAAUAGGUGUUAAGUGUUCACUGCAGUUGAACAGGUUAUUGAUUAAGACGACCGCCACGAUGGGAGUGAAAUACAAAUUGUUGGAGUCUAUAAAUAUUUUUGGAGGUAGCUUUCAGUAUGAAGUGAUUGCGGCAGUAUUUGUUGGGUUGUGGCUUGCGUGGCUGCUCUCCAAGUCCCGGAGGACAAAACGUGUUGGAGUGAGCGAUGAGGAGGUGCAGAAGAAGUUAUCGGAGUGGCACCCAGAGAGUCUUGUUCCUGCAGGUGAUCCUGAUCAUCCGUUUCUCAGUCCCAGACUAGUGUCUUCGAAGAUUGGGAAGAGACUGACGAUCAAUGGAAGAGAUUGCCUCAAUUUGGCUACUCACAACUAUUUGGGGCUGUUGGCUGACACCAGGAUCGAGGAAAAGGCCAUCUCCACGACGAGAAAAUAUGGAAUUGGAUCCUGUGGCCCCAGGGGCUUUUAUGGCACUGUUGAUGUACACCUGGAUCUUGAGGAACGUCUCGCCAAGUUCAUGGAAGCUGAGGAGGCCAUUGUCUACUCCUAUGGAUUCAGCACCGUCGCCUCGGCAAUACCUGCGUACUGCAAACGCCGAGACAUCAUCUUCGCAGAUGAGAAAGUCAAUUUUUCAAUUCAGAAGGGAUUUGACGCGUCCAGAUCCACUGUUAAAUAUUUCAAACAUAAUGAUGUUGGGGAUCUAGAGCGUCUCCUGAUUGAGCAGGUUCGGAUUGACGAAAAAAAUCCAAAGAAGGCUGAGAAAAUUCGCAGAUUUCUCGUCGUUGAGGGAAUUUAUAUGAACACUGGACUGAUCUGUCCGUUGCCAGAGCUUGUGGCACUCUGCAGGAAAUACAGGCUCAGAAUUUUUAUUGAUGAAUCCAUAUCGUUUGGCACCCUGGGCGACACUGGGAAAGGAGUUACAGAAUUUUUUGGCGUCCCUAGGCAUGAAAUUGAUAUAAUCAUUGGAUCAUUAGAGUGGGCAGUUGCUUCGAUUGGAGGCUUCUGCGUUGGUUCCUCCUUCGUAAUCGAGCAUCAGAGGCUCUCAGGACUUGGCUACUGCUUUUCUGCCUCACUUCCACCUCUUCUGACAGCAGCUGCAAUCACCGCCAUCGAUAUCAUGGAGCAGGAAUCGAAUGAUCUCUUUGCUAAGCUCAGGCGCAAUUGCAUCGAUCUCCAAUCUCGUCUCUACCAACUGGAGCAUUUUGAGCUUUCUGCCCAACCAGAGUCUCCUGUUAAGCAUCUGUUCUUGAGGAGGCAACUGGAUCGCGAGGGCGAAUGCAUUUUAUUGAACAAUAUCUCCAACAAGUGUAUUGAGAACAAUCUCGCGAUUAUCAUGCCGGUUUAUCUACAUGUUGAGAGGGAAUUGCCACGUCCCAGUUUGAAAAUCUGUGUCUCGAACUGUCUUAAAGAGGAAGAUCUUCAAUUUGCUGUUGAGACUCUCGCCAAAUGUUCCAAUGAGGUUUUCGCCCUUUAAUUGCCACGAUUUUUU